AUGGGAGAGGGCACGACAUAUCAAAUGUUCAUCAAUUCUCCUUACAACCGAUCAUCACCAAUGGCAGUAGUGACGAACACGAUGGUAGACAAAGCCCAACACACGAUUCCAACACCUCAAAAUCACCAAAAAAAAAAGAUUAUGAAAACCAUUGCGGGCCGAUUCGAGAAGCUUUUCAGUAAACACGAUGAAUCCUCCAUUAAAUACGAUUCAUCAAAUUUACCCACAACUUCAUUCGACAACGGUUUAGAGUUUAAUGGGCUUAAAUUGCCUGAUAGUUUCGAUGAAUUUGUUACGUGUGGAGUAAUUUUCUUCAACUUGGAGCGCAUUUAUAUCAUGGUUUCCCGGUUUGUCCAAGCUAGACUGAGUAGAGGAAACGAUCAUGGUGUCAAAGCUCAAGUUCCUUUUGUAGUGUUAACAUGCAAUGGGAAGACAAGAACAAGUUUUGUCAAGCUUCAAACUCUCGAUACACAAUGGAAUGAAGAACCCCCGUCGUUAUUGGAUGUUGAAGUUUUUGACUUUGAUGGUCCUUUUGGUCAACCGACUUCACUUGGUCAUGCGGAGAUUAGAUUCUUGAGACAUACGUUUGAAGAAUUGUUUCCAUUCUUUUGUGUCUUUUCAUUCUGCAAACAGGUAAAUAUAAUGAUGACAAUUCUGUUGGAAUGGAAUCAUGAAUUCCAAUUCUAUUGGAAUGGAAUCAUGAAUUCCAAUUUUGUUGGAAUCUAA